AUGUUCCGUUCCACCCAAGUAUGCUUGAGUGCCUUGACGAAGAGGACCCACAGGGUGAAGAUCCAAUUACUGAGGGAUUUCCCGCGAUUUCAGUUAUAUAAAGGGCAAGUUACCAAUGUCAAACCAUCUUUAAUGAGAAACUAUUUACAUAAUCACAAUGGUGCAAAGUAUAUACUCAACGAAGUGCACGAUGUAAAUAUGGAGCUGUUAAAAUUGUACCAGGUGCGUGAGCUAAAAUUAGAGGAAGAGCGUCAAUUACUCUCCAAGCACAAAAAAAUGGAAGCUCAAAGAAAGAUGGAGUUGCAACGACAAUCUGUUCUUGAACAAGACAAACAAGAGAAGCCUAAAAUUGAAAAGAAAGGUUUACUGGAUUCUGGGAUUACUAUUGAGGAAGUCAAGAUUCCCGGUCUUGACAUUUAA